AUGUCAUCGGUCUUCUCCUCGUUUCUUCAGUGGCUUAGCGGGCUCUUCUUCUCUAGCACGGCAGAAAUUGCCGUUGUAGGGCUGCAAGCGUCAGGGAAGACUUCAUUCGUGAAUGUAAUAGGGUCGGGCCAGUGGAGUGAGGAAGUCGUGCCUACGAUUGCAUUCAACUUCCGAAAAGUUCGGAAAGGGAACGUCACGCUCAAGAUAUGGGAUGUUGCUGGACAGCCAAGAUACAGAUCGAUAUGGGAACGUUACUGUAACGGAGUGGAUGCGAUAGUGUUUGUAGUAGACUCCGCAGACAAAGAAAAGUUUGAUAUCGUACGAUUCGAACUACACCAGCUCCUAGCACAGCCUACCUUGACUGGCGUACCACUUCUCGUGCUCGGCAACAAGAACGAUCUCGAGGGUCAUGCAAUUGUGAACGAAUUGAUCAAGGCCUUGCAACUAGACAAGAUACAGAACAGACCGGUGUCGUGUUCGAUGAAGAGCCAACACAACCUAGACAUCGUACUGCAGUGGUUGGCAGGCCGCAGCCAUUGAAUGGUGUAUACUGGCCUACGGGACAUUGUAUGUCAAUAGAUGUACAACAUCGUGUAAUCAUGACUGGGAAUGGAUGAUAUUACAGGAUCGGUCAUCUACUCUGCUGUGUCCAUCCUAUCUGUAUCAUCUCCCCCUCCUGACUGCGACUGCGCUUGCUCUUUGAUUGCUCGCAGGAAUGCCUGUAUCCCUGUUCCCGCUUCCUCCGGCAAUCCAAGACCCCUCACAAGGCCGCCAAGCAGACCUGUCCGCAAUGCCUGGUCGAAAUUCCGCAACGCCGCGCGGAACUGCGGCGACGAGAUGAUCCUGUGGAGCGCUUCUUCUGAAGGAGGCGAUGGCAGGUCUGGCGGCAAGUGCGGAUAAAGAGACUGCACAAGUUCCGGAUGUGAAUGGAAUAGAGGCAUCAGAUUCGCGGGGGUAAGGAUAUCCGUCAGCGACAGCUC